AUGCGCAGUUCAAGAGUGCGGGUCGUACCGGGCUCCUGCUGGCCCUGCAAGAAGCGCCGGGUGAAAUGCGACCUCGCCAAGCCCGUGUGCCGUCGGUGUGCCGAGGACGGCGCCCAAGGUCAGGAGGAUGUCCGUUGCGACUACAACACCCGUCUGAUUCGCUGGAGCACGCGGCCACCCGUCCGCAGCAACCCCUCGCCCGCCACGCCCCCAACCGUCUGCUCCUCGGUCAUCUUUAGCCCAGGUCUCGCAAACGAUGGUGUGCUAUCGCAGGGCGAGAGACGGGCCCUCCAAUACUUUCACGCCCGCAUCUGGCCGCUGCUGCAGUGUGCAGAGGCGCCCAGAUCACCGCCGCUGCCUUUUGCCCUCGAGAACCGUGUCGUGCUCCUCACCACCUGCGUCCUAGCCGACUCGCACCGGCUGCUGCAGGAAGGUCAAGAGACCGAGGUGGUGAGGCGGGGUGGGCUGGGGCCGAAACGUGCCGAAUGUCUGGCUGAGAUACGGUCCAGGGUGGACAGCUGUCUCUUCGACAAGAGACCGCCCAUGGUUCUUCUCUUCGCCGUCUUGCUACUCUACCUUCACGAUGGCUUUAUAGAGUUUGUCACCGGUUUUGUGUCUACGUCCAGUCAUCACAAAGGCGUCAUGGCCCUUGUUGGACAAAUGGGCGGCAUUGAGCGCGUUCUGAGGAGGAGCGAGCCGUCAUUACAACUGCUUCUUGCCGAGUUUGUGUCGGCAGACCUGACAACGUCUUUACUCCACAGCCGUCCGCCCUCGUUUCCUGCCUCCGUCUGGACCACCGUCGACGAGGGCGCCGUAUGGUGGAAUCGAGACCCCCUGCAGCGUGCAUCACUCGCCAAGGUCUUCGGUGACAUGAGCGCCAUGUCUUUCUACCUGGAAAGCAUCCGGAGCGGACAGGUCGAGAUGUCGAUGGAUACCGUUCGCAUGUUUGAACAGUCAUUUCUUCCCUCAUAUGCAACCCCAGGAAUCAAGUUAGAGAAAACACAUUCCAACCCUCCAUCGCCGACCAAUGACGACAAGAGAAACAUUAUCACCGCCAGGGAAGACGUCACAGCCGUGCACGCUUUUGCACUCAUCCGUGCCUUUCAACACGCCGCACUCAUCUUUUUAUAUCGGGCAAUCUGCAGGCUACCCAUAAUUCACCCACUGGUCCAGCAACACGUCCAGGCUGGAAUUCAAUCGCUUUUAGAAAUUGACCGCAAGUCCAAAUCACUAAACUGCAUCAUAUUCCCACUAUACGUUGUCGGCGCCCAUGCAAAACUACCUGAACAUCGAAAUACGGUUCUUGACCUGGUCAACCUGUUGUACGAUAAUAUGCGGUUUGCGUCGGUCAGGGCUGUGAUGAGGGAGCUUCAAACUGUGUGGAGUGCCAACGUCGAGGACCUGACCUGGCAAGAACUUUUUGGCGGAUUGGACUCUAACGUGCUGGUUUUGUGA